AUUCAGGCAGCCAAGCUAAUGCGCACCGGGAAAUUCAGCAGUGAAGGCAUGGCAAAUGUAUUCUUCAUUCUACUCAUCCACUCCUAUGAUAAGGCCUAUGAAAAUGACUGAUGUUGGAAAGGGGACUGCCUGAAGGUUUUUGCAUUCUGAAGCAUGGACUUACACCACUGCUUUUCGUAUAGCCGGUGGGAGGCGGGGUAUAGAGAGGUUAGUGAAUAAAUCUAAGCAGUUUUGUUCAUUUCAUAGCUUGUCCCUUUAAGAAGCCACUUAUUCAGGAGCUGUCUUAAAAGCCUCAUCAGUGCAUGGGUCCUUCAUCACUGGAAGCCAUGGAGGACCUAAACUCUGUGACUGUGGGCCCACUAAAGCGUAGAGUACAAGAGAGGAAACGGAUUCGUGAGACUGUCAAGACCAAGUUGCAGCAAAACCUCUCCUGCUCAGGAUCUAAACUGAAGAGGACUCUAACAGGCUUCUUCCCCGUAGUGAAAUGGCUUCCAAAGUACAAGGUGAAGGACUAUAUAUGGGGAGAUCUGAUGUCUGGGCUCAUAAUUGGCAUCAUAUUGAUCCCUCAAGCCAUUGCGUACUGCCUGCUGGCUGGCCUGGAUCCCAUCUAUGGCUUGUACACAUCAUUUUUUUCAAACAUCAUUUACUUUUUCAUGGGAACGUCAAGACAUGUUUCUGUGGGCAUCUUCAGCCUCAUGAGUUUGAUGGUUGGGCAAGUUGUGGACCGAGAGGUCUACCUUGCAGGCUUUGACUUGAAUGAAGACAGUACGAAAAACGCAUUAGGGUUAAAUGGCACUGGGGAUGCUAACACUACUCUGGUCAACUUGAAGAUCAUGGCACUGAAUAUGGAAUGUGGAAAGGAAUGCUACGCCAUUAGCAUUGCCACAGCUUUAACAUUUCUUGCUGGAGUCUACCAGGUGCUGAUGGCUGUUCUCAGGCUAGGGUUUGUCUCUGUUUAUCUGUCUGCUCCUAUGCUUGAUGGCUUUGCCACUGGGGCAUCUUGCACUAUCCUCACUGUCCAGGCAAAGUACCUGCUUGGCCUUAAGAUCCCUCGACACCAAGGCUACGGCACAGUGGUGGUCACUUGGAUCAACAUCUUCAAGAACAUCCACAAAACCAACUUCUGUGACUUAAUAACAAGUGCCAUCUGCAUCAUAGUGCUGCUUGCAGGAAAAGAGAUCCAGGAUCGCUAUAAGGACCGUUUGAAGAUGCCACUGCCCACAGAACUGGUCGUAGUGGCAGUUGGCACAGUAGUUUCCCACUUUGCUGAUCUAAAUGGACAGUUUAGCUCCAGUAUCUCAGGUGCCAUUCCAACUGGUUUUAUUCCGCCAAAGGUGCCCAGUGUUGAACUGAUGCCCCGUGUAGCAUAUGAUGCUAUUCCAUUAGCUGUCAUCAGUUUUGCUUUUACCGUUUCUCUGGCUGAGAUGUUUGCUAAAAAGAACGGUUACACGGUUAGGCCAAACCAAGAAAUGAUAGCAAUUGGGUUCUGCAAUAUAAUUCCUUCAUUUUUCCAUUCUUUCACUACAAGUGCCGCCCUUGCAAAAACUAUGGUGAAGGACUCAACAGGCUGCCAGACUCAGGUCUCCAGUGUAGUGAGUGCCUUAGUGGUUCUUCUGGUUCUUCUUUUCUUUGCACCAUUUUUCUACGCCCUGCAGAAAUGUGUCCUCGCCUGCAUCAUCAUCGUCAGUCUGCGGGGCGCCCUGCGCAAAUUUCUAGACGUCCCGAAGCAAUGGCGUGAAAGCAAGAUUGAGGCAAUUGUCUGGUUUGUGAGCAUGAGCUCAACUGCUUUAAUUAGCGUGGAGAUUGGACUGCUGAUUGGUGUGGUCUUCUCUAUGAUCUGUGUGGUGGUCCAGACUCAGAAUCCUAAGGUUUCGUUACUGGGACAAAUUGAACUAACCAACGACUUUGAGGACAUGGAGGAGUAUGAUAAUCUUUCACCUGUUCCAAAGGUGAAGAUCUUUCGUUUUCAAGCGCCUCUUUUCUACGCCAACAAAGACUUCUUUUUAAAAUCUUUAUAUAAAGCAACUGAUCUUGAGCCAUUCCUUGAAAUAACCCGCAGAAGAAAACUGGAGAAAAAAGCUAAAGAAAAGGCUGCGAAGAAGACAGAUAGAGUAGAUGAAACCAAUGGAGAUGUAAGUGUAAGCUUGAUUUCAAAAAACACUGAUUUUCAUACUAUCAUCUUAGAUUGCUCCUGCAUCUCCAUAAUAGACACAGCAGGAGUGAGCACCUUCAAAAUGGUUUUAAAAGACUAUAAAGAAGUUGGCGUGAAUGUAAUUCUAGCUUGCUGCAACACACCAGUAAUAGAUUCUUUAAGGAGAGGCUCUUUCUUUGGGGCUGGUGACAAAGACAUGGAACAACUGUCAUUUCAUACCAUCCACAGUGCUGUUUGUUUUGCUACUCGUACAACACAACAGGUUAAUGACUCUUCUGUUUAAUGUAUCCACAAAUGGGCCUCAAGAGCUGAAAAGCAUAUUUUCUAUUAAAACACAUGAAACAUGAUAUUCAGCUCUUAGAAAUGAUGUUAAAUAUGUUCACAAAAUUAACAUGAUAGCACAAAAAUUCCACUCCUGUUUGAGUCAGAACUGAAUAUGAACAUUUAGAAUUUUCUGCUACUGUACAAACUCAGGGGUUGUUAUUAUACACACUGGAAGACAAAAUUGCAUUCAUGUGUCAUAUUACGUUUUUUAUAUCAAAAACUAAACGAAAAUCAAACAAAUAACAACAUAACUACUUUGUGACAUAUUUUUGAGACACUAAGCCCUCAGAAAUUGAUUUAAUACCAUUUUAAAUGUAAACAAGACAGAUAAUUAAUUUCCAGUGUGAUUUGUGCAAAACUACCCUUUAAUUGCCAGAAAAAAAUAUCUUCACACAUCAGCAAAUAAUACAGGACCAUGAGAAGACAAUACAGAUCUGUGAUUUUAAUUGUCUGUUAUACUGCCUUUAAAAUGUGAAAAUGUUUUCAUGGUGUUCUUGAGAAAAUAAAAGUGAAGGACUUUUUCACCUGUA